AGUAUUCAGAUAUGCUUUGCUAUAAUGACAAAUCUAGGUAACGUUGGUAUGUAGGAACUAUGACCGAUGAGCAGAACCCAUUAGCUAACUAGAACAUAAUGUAUAACACAGUGUAAUGUUUCAGAUGGACAGAUGACCAUUGCCUGAUAUAAGCGACGCCAAAACCGUGCUCCCGACGGAGGGCGAACACAUUAGACUUUAACGCAGCUUUCGUGAAGACACGACCAUUCGUCUAAUAAAGAGAAAAGCGUCCGUCCAAACAAUAAAUAAGAACAGGCGGCAUCCAGCCAACGACAGAAUGUGAUCUCUGAAUAUGUCGAGGAUGAGUGUGCAGUCACGCUAAUAAUUCCCUCUGGAGCUGUCGCACGCUGUGGAGACUGUUGUCCUGGUAACGCGUCAACUGUAUCCGGGAAUGGCGAGCUUACUGGGAGAAACUCUGUUUGAGGUCAGUGGACAAGGUCCUGCACCCAUGAAGGACUAUUUCCACUUUGCAAUAACAAAAUCUCAGGUAAUUUGGAGCUGGUGGAAGAUAUCUUUGAGAUCAGACUGCAGGAACACACCACCAGGACAACUGAGAGAAUCACAUGAAGACUUUUUAGAAGACAAUCGUCUCCAAAAUCAAGUGGGCAUGGUAUUUGGUCCUCACAUCUUGCAAUACUCCCAAAAUUUAUGCCAGGGCCACUAUGAUUACAUUGUCCGUCUCCCCAAUGCUUUACUUUUCAACAUCAUGGAACAUCUGGACCUUGAAGACAUUUCAGUCGUUUCACGCACCUGCCGUAGGUUUAAAGAGCUUUGUAACUCUGAGGAGUUCUGGGAGCAGACAGUGAGGAAGCAUUGUGACACUGUGACACCAACAGUGGAGGCUUUAGCUGAGGAGGUUGGCUGGAGGACAAUUUUCUUCACCAACAAGCUGCAGCUGCAGAUGCAGAUUAGUCGCCGGAAGCAGAAGGAGAAUCAGCCCUGCGAGGAUAAAAACGAGCCAAGUCCCUCUUCAGUACCUUUGGAGUAAACGAUUGAAAACUCUUUGCAAAGCCUUUUUUAAGUCUGAUUAAGUCUGAUUCACUCUUGCAGAUAGUGUGCACACACUGACUUUGUUGUACAACUGACAGACAGAAAUCAAAAAUGUUUUUGAGCCAAAGAACCAGUUUUAGGUGAGAUAUAUUUACGCUGCAUUUCACAAUUGUAAAACAAACUCAUAAUAGCUCAUUUUCUGGCAUAAUCAUUGCAGUCUUUGAGGUUAUUAUAAUACAUAUCCAAAGACUGAGAUUAUGCCAGCAUGUGUUUUCUCUACUUUACCAAACAUAACUUCCACAGUUCCAACAGUUCCUGUCGGAUGCCAAUUUUUGUGAAUAGAAACCUAAAAUGUAGAAAAUGUUGUUGCAAAAACAGUCCUGUUUUGUUCAUUAAAAUAAAUAGCACAUUUCA